AUGAAACUGCUGCCCCUCGUUGCAGUGCUUUUGGUUGUGAAUUUCGGGGAAGGAGCUCCUGACCCCAGAUGUUUACGUACCACCACUCUAAGAUGGAAGAAAUUCGCAGAAUAUAUACCGCGCCACUAUCAGCUGUAUCUUGAAGAUACACUGCAGAUGAGAUUUAACGUUAAAGAUCUAGUCAUAGGAUAUAAAGUGGUUCUUGACACCACUCGAAAUCGUCGUCCGGGCUACAUUUUUGCCUGUAUUCUUUCAUAUCGUAAGGACAAGCACCAGCCCGUCUACCUUAAAUUCCUUUCGUCGGAAGGAACACUUCAUCUUCUCAAAAUCAUAUCAUCUACCACAUUUAUGAAUGCUUUAUACGAAUGUAAGGUCAACCGUAAGGGAAUUCUUUGA